AGGCUUAAAGCCACGCACCCACCACUGCUCCACCAAACACCACCCCUCUACUCUACUCUCUCUUCUUCCUCUCCGGCGCCGGUCCGGCCGCCGCCACCACCUCUUCCUCCUCCGGCGUUGAGCUUUGCUAGGCUGCAGCGGCCGCCAUUUCUCAUGGCAGACAAGAUCUCUACGGUUGUGCUCAACGUUGACCUCGAAUGCGAUCGAUGCUACAAGAAGAUCAGAAGAGUCCUCUGCAAGAUCCAAGACAAGGCGAACAUCAAGACGAUCUCCUACGACGAGAAGAACAAUGCCGUGAUGGUGUCGGGGCCGUUCGACGCCGACAAGGUCUGCCAGAAGCUGUGCUGCAAGGCCGGCAGGGUCAUCAAGGACAUGCAGAUCAAAGGCAAGGAGAACAAGGACAAGGACGCCGGCGACAAGGCGAAGGCGGCGGAGAAGGAGGCCGGCGGCGGCAAGGCGGAGAAGAAAGGUGGUGGUAAGGGUGAUAGUAAGGAGGCGAAGGCGGACAAGGCCGCCGCCGCCGCGAAGCCGGAGAAGGCAGAGAAGGGCGGCGGCAAGGACGCGAAGCCGGAGAAGAAGGUCAAGUUCGACCUUGACGAGGCGCCGGCGCCGGCGUUGAAGCCAGGCAAGGUGCCCUUCCCGGCCGGCAUGACCCAGGCCGACCUCGCCCCGCUCCUCGAGAAGCUGAAGAUCGCCAAGCUGGGCGGCCCCGAGCCGCCGCGCGGCGAGCCGAUCGCGCCGCCGAUGAUGGCGCCGCCGGUGCCCGCCGCGCAGGGCGUGGCCGUGCCGUCCAUCUGGCCGGCGCCGGCCGGCCCCAUCUCGUGCUACAGCUACAACCCGGCGUACGACCAGUCAUCGUACUACGGCGGCGGCUACGGCUACGGCUGCGGCGGGUCGUGCCGGUGCAGCUCGUGCGCCGGCGGCAGCAAGCCGGCGCCCGGCGGGUACUACGGCGCCGUGGCUCCUGCGCCGGCGCCGUACGACCACCAGGGAUGGUACUGCGGCAACCGGCACCCGUACUACCAGCAGCAGCAAUGCUACGAGGACCCCAACGCCGGGUGCAGCAUCAUGUGAUGCAUGCAUGCCGGCCGGCGACAUCGCCAUGGACGGGACGGACAGAGCAAUCAGUGCGUGUGGUCACUCGCACUCUCUAGUCUCUAGCUCAUGGCUAGUGUUAAAAAAAUAUCUUUUUUUUUUGUGUCGCCUUCUUCUUGUUUAUGCCUAUGCUUUUUUUUUAUUUAGGGGGUUGAGUUGUGCAUGUGAACAGUUUGAGUUGUGAUGUUCUUGGUGUCUAGUUGGAUCUUCCCUUUGCGAGUCUCUGAUAAAUGACAAUGAGAACCAGAAUAUACUAGUAGUAAGCAGUAUAUUUAGUUGGAGCAAGGUGACUAAUGAUUACUACUCUCUCCGUCUCUA